CGUAGUAAUCUACAAAACUACAAUUCCCAUAAUGCACUGCACCUGAAACUUGCCGCAUGUACGCCGACUUGACUGACGCGGUUUUGACGGGUCCAGCUGAGAGAGUCCACUUUACCUGAACUUCUUCACCGCUGUGGAGAUUUUAAUCUGUUAGUGACGGUCUCCAGCGUGGCUGAUCAUGUCUCCCCCUCGGCUCACUGGAGCCCUGCGCUCCUUUUCUACCGUCAGCAAGCAGGAUGAUUUAACACAAGAUGUUUAUGAUUUGAAGACCAAGCGCCUGAAACGGCAGGAAAUAUUUGCCCGAGACGGUCUAACAUGGCAGAAGAUUGUUCAGUUCUUCACACAACAUCUGGAGAAGAAGGAUCAGCCGGCGGCCACUCACGAGUUGAAGAGUAUCCUCCAAGCAGCCAAACAGAUCGUUGGUACGGAUUUUGGGCAGGACACCAUUGAAAGUGCUGGAGUCUUCUUGUUUAAAACAUUCCACAACAAAGACAAGAUCGGUCAUGAGGAAACCAGGGCCAUAAAACAGAUGUUUGGACCUUUUCCGGCGUCUGCUGCCGAGUUGUCUUGUGCAGCUGUGGGUCGUUUAGUGGCCCAGAUCGGAGAAUCUCAGGUGGAUGCUUUCAUCCAAACACAGAGUUCUCUCAAGACGGUGAACCGCGGUUCUGUCUUCGGACGGAACAUUGCUUUCUCAUUUGACACGUAUGUGCUGGAUGCUCACGAUACUGUGCCCUGGUCAGAGGGGACUGACAUGGAUCAGGCCAUGGACUUUCACAGCCUCCUAAAUAAUCAUGUUGGUGAGCGAAGGGCUGGAGCUGAGAGAGAUGAUGCUUACUCAGCGGAAGAACUGGAGCAGAGAAACGCAGACGGAUCCAUCCUGAGACAAGAGGUGGAGAAAUACCUGAACGAGGGAAAUAUGGUAUCGUCCAGUGCCGAAGAGCUCUCCACCUCUCUUUUUGAGAUGCUUGCCUCCACAAAGAGUGAUGACGAACUACAAAACGAGCUGUUUGAGUUUCUAGGUCCUCAGGGGUUUGAGAUGAUCUCCAUGCUCCUCCAGAGAAGGUCAGACAUCGUGGACGCUCUGGUGUCCAUCCCGUCGGAUUGCCGACCUCACUUCAUGUCAGGAAAGCAUAAAGUGGCGAGAGAUGAAUCCACCAAGCCCAUAUACGGCUGCCAGGUGAUUAUCCAGUCCGAGCAGGAGAGGCAGAUGAUGAAGAUUUACAGGAAAGAGGAGAAGAAGGAGAGGAAACGUGAGAAACGAGGAGAUGAGGGGGAAUCCUGUGAAAGCGCUUUUCAUUUUGACCCCAUGGAGCUGAGACUGCAGAGGGAGCAGGCCUUGCUGACGGCACGCUAUUCUCCAGUGUUAGGCCGACACAGAGACUAUGAGCGGAUUCGUUACCCUCACGUUUAUGAUUCUUAUGCUGAAGCCAUCAUGACCUCUGCAUUCGUCGGAGGAGCCAAGAUGCUGCUGCCUGAGGGGAUCAGAAGAGAGAAUAAUAAGAUGUAUGAGGAGGUUCAGAUCCCCCCCAACGAGCCCAUGCCCAUUGGGUUUGAGGAGAAACCCGUGUACAUCUCGGAGUUGGACGAGAUUGGCCAGUUGGUGUUCAAGGGCAUGAAAAGGUUAAACAGAAUCCAGUCUAUAGUGUUCGAGACAGCUUACAACACCAAUGAAAACCUGCUCAUCUGCGCACCCACCGGUGCUGGCAAAACCAACAUCGCCAUGCUCACCGUCCUCCACGAGAUCCGUCAGCACCUGCAGCCUGGGGGAGUCAUCCGCAAGGACCAGUUUAAGAUUGUAUACGUAGCUCCUAUGAAGGCCCUGGCUGCUGAGAUGACUAAUUACUUCAGUAAGCGAUUGGAGCCUCUGGGCAUCGUUGUCAAGGAGCUGACGGGAGACAUGCAGCUGACCAAAGGAGAAAUCCUCCGCACUCAGAUGUUGGUGACGACUCCAGAGAAGUGGGAUGUGGUGACCAGGAAGAGUGUGGGGGACGUGGCUCUGUCUCAGAUCGUCCGACUGCUCAUCCUGGAUGAAGUUCAUCUUCUUCAUGAGGACAGAGGGCCCGUGCUGGAGAGCCUGGUGGCCCGGACGCUGCGUCAGGUGGAGUCAACCCAGAGUAUGAUUCGCAUACUUGGUCUCUCUGCAACGCUGCCAAAUUACUUGGAUGUGGCGUCUUUCCUGCAUGUGAACCCUUUCAUUGGAUUGUUCUACUUUGACAGUCGUUUCCGUCCUGUUCCACUUGGCCAGAGCUUUGUUGGCAUCAAGACUACAAAUAAGGUUCAGCAGCUGCAUGACAUGGAGGAGGUUUGUUAUGAGAAAGUCCUGGAGCAGAUCAGAGCGGGUCACCAGGUGAUGGUGUUUGUACAUGCCCGCAACUCUACCGUUCGCACCGCCAUGAGUCUGAUCGAGAUGGCCAAGAACCGGGGAGAGCUGUCUUUUUUCCAGGUCACCCAGGGUCCAGACUACGGCCAGUGUGAGAAACAGGUGCAGCGCUCCAGAAACAAGCAGAUGAGGGAGAUGUUUCCUGACGGCUUCGGGAUCCAUCACGCCGGAAUGUUACGGCAGGACCGCACGCUGAUGGAGAACAUGUUUUCCAGAGGAUACUUGAAGGUUCUGGUGUGCACCGCCACGCUGGCCUGGGGUGUUAACCUGCCCGCUCACGCCGUCAUCAUCAAGGGCACUAAUAUCUACGAUGCCAAGCGUGGUUCACUGGUGGAUCUGGGCAUCCUGGACGUGAUGCAGAUCUUCGGACGGGCCGGACGGCCACAGUUUGACAAGUACGGUGAGGGAACCAUCAUCACAACCCAUGAAAAGCUGAGCCAUUACCUGACGCUGCUGACUCAGCAGAACCCCAUCGAGAGCCAGUUCCUGCAGAGCCUCGCCGACAACCUCAACGCUGAGAUCGCUCUAGGGACGGUCACUAAUGUUGAUGAAGCUGUCCGGUGGAUGAGUUACACGUACCUGUAUGUGCGAAUGAGAGCCAAUCCACUCGUUUACGGCAUCAACCACAAGGCCUAUCAGAUGGACCCGCAGCUGGAGCUCUACAGGAAGGAGUUAGUCGUGGAGUCCGGCAGGAAGCUGGAUAAGGCGCGGAUGAUCCGUUUUGACGAGAGGACUGGUUAUUUUGCAUCCACAGACCUUGGCAGGACAGCCAGUCACUUCUACAUAAAGUACAACACCAUUGAGACUUUCAAUGAGCUUUUCAACUCGCAGAAGACCGAAGCAGAUAUUCUGAGCAUUGUUUCAAAAGCUGAAGAAUUCGAGCAGAUCAAGGUUCGGGACGAGGAGCUGGAGGAACUGGAGAAGAUGUUGUGUGAUUUCUGCGAGCUGCCGGCGGCCGGAGGAGUGGAGAACGGCUACGGCAAGAUAAACAUCCUCCUCCAGACGUACAUCGGCCGCGGGGAGGUGGACAGCUUCUCCCUCAUAUCUGACCUGUCUUACGUCGCGCAGAAUGCUGCUCGUAUCGUGCGGGCUCUGUUUGAGAUCGCUCUGAGGAAGCGCUGGCCGGCCAUGACCUACCGCCUGCUGAACCUGUGUAAAGUGAUUGACAAGCGUCUGUGGGGCUGGGCCCACCCGCUGCGGCAGUUCAGCACGCUUCCCCCGUCAGCGCUGUCCAGGAUGGAGGAGAAGAAGCUCACGUUGGACAAACUCAGAGACAUGGGCAAAGACGAGAUCGGUCACAUGUUGCAUCACGUGAACAUCGGGCUGAAGGUGAAGCAGUGUGUUCAUCAGAUACCCUCCAUCCUGAUGGAGUCCAGCAUUCAGCCAAUCACACGCACUGUCCUGCGCGUACGCCUCAGCAUCACUCCGGACUUCAGGUGGAAUGACCAGGUCCAUGGCUCCGUGGGAGAGCCCUGGUGGUUAUGGGUGGAGGACCCCAUCAACGACCACAUCUACCACUCUGAGUACUUCCUCCUGCAGAAGAAACAGGUGUUGAGUGGAGAGCCGCAGCAGGUGGUCUUCACUAUACCCAUCUUUGAGCCCAUGCCUUCUCAGUAUUACAUCCGAGCCGUGUCUGACCGCUGGCUGGGCUCUGAAGCUGUGUGCAUCAUCAACUUCCAGCACCUCAUUCUGCCUGAAAGACACCCGCCACACACAGAGCUCUUGGAUCUUCAGCCGUUGCCUGUGACUGCAUUGGGAAACAGGGAGUAUGAGAGUCUCUACAAGUUCACACACUUUAAUCCCAUUCAGACGCAGAUCUUCCAUACACUCUACCACACGGACACCAACGUCCUGCUGGGGGCCCCCACCGGCUCCGGAAAAACCAUCGCUGCUGAGAUGGCCAUCUUCAGGGUCUUCAACGUGUACCCUACCUCCAAGGUGGUCUACAUUGCUCCUCUCAAAGCUCUAGUCCGAGAGAGGAUUGAGGACUGGAAGAUCAGAAUAGAAGAGAAACUUGGGAGGAAGGUGGUUGAGUUAACAGGUGACGUUACUCCAGACAUGCGGGCCAUAGCUGCAGCUGACCUGAUCGUCACCACUCCAGAGAAAUGGGAUGGAGUCAGCCGCAGCUGGCAGAACCGCAGCUAUGUGCAGAAAGUGGCUAUUCUCAUCAUAGACGAGAUCCAUCUUCUGGGUGAGGACAGAGGGCCGGUUCUAGAGGUCAUUGUGUCCAGAACCAACUUUAUCUCAUCACACACCUCAAAAUCAGUCAGAGUGGUGGGACUCUCUACCGCGCUGGCUAAUGCACGGGAUCUAGCCGACUGGCUGGGCAUCGGACAGGUGGGACUGUUUAAUUUCCGGCCCUCUGUUCGCCCAGUGCCGUUGGAGGUUCACAUCCAGGGCUUUCCGGGCCAACACUAUUGCCCUCGUAUGGCCAGCAUGAACAAACCUGUCUUCCAGGCCAUUCGCACACAUUCUCCAGCCAAACCGGUCCUCAUAUUUGUGUCAUCGCGCCGGCAGACACGGCUCACGGCUCUGGACCUCAUUGCAUUUCUGGCUACAGAAGAUGACCCCAAACAGUGGCUCCACCAGGAUGAGAGAGAGAUGACCGAUAUCAUUUCCACUGCGAGAGAUUCAAACCUGAAGCUGACCCUGGCGUUUGGGAUCGGGAUGCAUCACGCAGGACUUCACGAGCGCGACAGGAAGACGGUGGAAGAGCUCUUUGUCAACUGUAAGAUUCAGGUGUUAAUUGCAACGAGCACACUAGCGUGGGGCGUCAACUUCCCUGCGCACCUGGUGAUCGUGAAGGGCACAGAAUACUACGACGGAAAGACCCACCGCUACGUGGAUUACCCCAUAACAGAUGUUCUUCAGAUGAUGGGUCGAGCAGGACGGCCGCAGUUCGAUGACCAGGGCAAGGCUGUUAUCCUUGUGCAUGACAUCAAGAAGGACUUCUAUAAGAAGUUCUUGUACGAGCCCUUCCCUGUGGAGUCUAGUCUUCUGAGCGUGCUCUCCGAUCACUUGAAUGCAGAAAUCGCAGCAGGCACAAUCGCUUCAAAGCAAGACGCCAUGGAUUACAUCACCUGGACGUACUUCUUCCGCAGGCUGGUCAUGAACCCCAGCUACUAUAGUUUGGACGACACCAGCCAUGAAACCAUUAACAAAUACCUUUCAAACCUGGUGGGGAGGAGUCUAAGAGACCUGGAGUGUUCCUACUGCAUGGAAAUACAGCAGGACGAUCACACCAUCGAGCCGCUGACGUACGGCCGCAUUGCAUCCUACUAUUACCUGAAACACCAGACCAUCCGCAUGUUCAAAGAGCGUCUGAAGCCAGAGCUGCCCGUCCAAGAGCUGCUGGCCGUCCUGUCGGAAGCAGAGGAGUACGCCGAGCUCCCCGUACGUCACAACGAAGACCAGCUGAACAGUGAGCUGGCCCAGCGGCUGCCCCUACCGGUCAACCCUCACUCCUAUGACAGCGCACACACCAAGACACACCUGCUGAUGCAGGCCCACUUCAGCCGCGCACAGCUGCCCUGCAGCGACUACGGGACCGACACCAAGACCGCGCUGGACAACGCCAUCCGCAUCUGCCAGGCGAUGCUGGAUGUGGUGGCGAAUGAAGGAUGGCUCGUGUCUGCGCUCAGCAUUUGCAACCUCGUACAGAUGAUCAUUCAGGCCAGAUGGCUUCACGAUUCCUCCCUGCUCACACUUCCUCACAUUGAAAAGCAGGAUCUCUAUGUCUUCAGGAGGUGGAGCGGCAGAGGUACGAGGGGCGGACGUGGCUUUCAAGGACCAAUCGAGGGGCUUCCCGAGCUGAUAGCCGCCUGCGACGGGAAAGAGGAGAACUUCACGUCGAUGGUGAAGGAGGUGCUGCAGCCCAAUCAGAUCUCUCAGGCAUGGCUGUACGUGAGUCACCUGCCCGUGGUGGAGGUCAGUCUGAGCGUGAAGGGCUGGUGGGAGGGCUGCGAGGAGCAGACGGAGCGCAUGCUCCCAUCUAACGUCACCAACAUCCGGGACGAGUCCAGCUGGCAGCCGCUGCACGCCGAUCAGGAGUACGUCCUACAGGUGUCCCUGCGCCGCCUCAACGCCGGCCAGCAGAGAAGGAAGCAGGACAGCAGGGCACAGGCGCCGCGCUUUCCCAAACCUAAAGACGAAGGCUGGUUUCUGGUUCUCGGGGAGGUUGAGAAAAAAGAACUGCUGGCUAUCAAACGCGUGGGAUUCAUACGCAACCGCAGCAGUGUGUCCGUGGCCUUCUACACGCCGGAGAAGACGGGAAGGUGUAUCUACACACUGUACCUGAUGAGCGACAGCUACCUCGGCCUGGAUCAGCAGUACGACCUCCAUCUGAACAUCAUCCCGGCCAGCAUAGCUGCGCAGGUCAACAGUGAAAUAUCAGAGAGCACAGGCAGAACGGGCCGGCAGUGACCUCAUGCUCGGAUAAAACCAAACCAGCAUGUUUUUUUGGCUUGGGAUGUUAAUUUGUUGGGUGAAUCUUUUUGUAAGUUCUAGGAAAAACUACACUGUACGAGUGCCAGUUUAUAAAACCUGGUGUGUUUUGUUCAAUUAAACAUUUAGGUGAUGGGCUGUUCAUGCCAAAUGUACCAAUUUACCCAAAUCUAACACUCAACUGAGAGAUCAGAUGGUUGGAAUGCAGUACCAGUCUCAGACGUUCACUCUUUCUGCCUUAUUUUUUACUCUUAAUCCUGAUUUUCACCUUGCUUUUUGAGUUCGCCCAUAUAACACCCUGCGCUACGUUUCAGGGCAAACUAUGUUUGUCAAAUGAAAAAUAUAAAUGUAUAAAAUAAAAAUGUGUUUUUUCUUCUGAAUUUAUGGAAAUGUUCUGUAAGAAAAGCAGUUUUGUUGAAUAUGUAAAAUAAAAACACAUGAAUGCA